AUGGGUGGUUGUUUGUCUUCAGGUAGCGAUUCUGUUUCUUCUUCUUCUUCUUCUUCCGCUCUCGUGAUAUCCUCCACGGGUGAUCUGCGACCGUAUUCCACUCCCGUUUUGGUUUCCAACGUCCUUCAAACGGAGGAUUCUUCUUCUUCUUCUUCUUCUUUUUUUGUUUGCAACUCAGACAACCUGUCUUAUGACGAGCAUAUUACGCCUCUUGAUGCCCAAGACGAGCUUGAUGCCGGUCAGAUUUAUUUUGUUUUACCCGUUUCUAAACUUCGCAACCCUCUUAGCGCUUCCGAAAUGGCCGCACUCGCUGUCAAGGCUAGCGUCGCCCUCAAUGGAAAAUCCAAUUCUAAAGCCUCAACAAGAUCUAAAUCUAAAGCUAAGACUAAGAGUAAGGUUUCUCCUUUUGUUGUGAUGGAAAGCAGUAAGAUCAAUGUAAUAGUUGACCAGGAAGCACAAAACAAAUGCGGUCCCAGUACUACUGUGGGAGUCUCUAGAUCUGGAUCCAUACGCAAAAUGCAAAGAUAUUCCUCAAGGAAAGCAAGAUUGGCUGUUCGAUCUUUUAAGCUCCGAUUGUCUACUAUUUACGAAGACCAAUCGCAUAAAUACCGUUAA